CGAUAAAUGGUUAUCUUAUGAACAUGCCUUAACCGAAAUAAAUAUGUUAUGGUGGGUUGUUACAAAAAUAACUUUCACAAUGGUUACCCACCAGCUAUGAAUACCUAGCUUACUUUUAAACUUGAAAGUCCUAACAUUGACUCACGGGUAGUCUAUAUGGGAAUAUCAAGAACAACCUGCAUUCUUCACUCAUAGACAAACGCUGGAUAUGUAUAAUUUUCCCGUAUUUUAUGAAGAAAACGUUUUCUAAAAUGACAUUCAAAUUUGCCGCCACUCGCAGCUUCUUUGGAAAGUUGGAAUCGGAGAUGACAGUUAGCAGUGCGGUAGAUUUCCAGGUGAAAAAUAAGAUUUUUUACUUGAUUUUGACGCAAUGAAGAGAUAUUAUGAUAUAUUUUUUGAAGAAAACGUACGUAGAAAAGUGUUGUAAAUAUGAUACGGCCGGUAUAGGGAGUAGGGUUCAUUUUGUGUUCGUAGUGUUGGAAAUGGCCAGUUGUGUGUGACGCUAAUGUGCUUCCAGUACUUUCCAGAAAAGUCACGAACGUUCUCGUCCAUAACCUUUAAUAUAUAAGACUGAAGUGUUUCGCUGCGCAAGGAGUGUGCCGUGUGCAUUUGCCAUUAUUAGCGUGCAGAACGUGUUUUUUUAUUAACGCGUGUUACUAAUAUUCACUAGUUAUUAACACAAGUGUUUAAAACAAGGAUCGCUUUAGCAAAUUUCAUACGUUCAGACAAAAAACAGUUAUGGGAAAAGAUUAUUACAAGAUUUUGGGUUUGUCCAAGGGCGCUAGUGAUGACGACAUCAAGAAGGCGUACCGAAAACUAGCCCUCAAAUACCACCCGGAUAAAAACAAGGCCCCUGGAGCCGAAGAAAAGUUCAAAGAAGUAGCGGAAGCAUAUGAAGUACUUUCAGACAAGAAGAAAAGAGACAUUUACGACACGUAUGGCGAGGAUGGACUCAAAGGAGGUGUUGGAGGAGGCUCAGGUGGUGGCACUGGACAACCAGACAACUUCUCUUACACCUACCAUGGAGAUCCAAGGGCCACGUUUGCUCAAUUCUUCGGAAAUUCCAGUCCGUUCUCUUCAUUUUUCGAUUUUGGCAACAACCGUAUGUUCAUGCAUGAAGGAAGUCCAAAUAGGAGUAAAGAUAAGAUGCAGGAUCCCCCUAUCGAACAUGAUCUGUAUGUAUCUCUAGAAGACAUAGCCAAAGGUUGCCAGAAAAAGAUGAAGAUCAGUAGGAAGGUUCUGCAACCUGAUGGUUCCACUAAGAAAGAGGACAAAGUAUUGACCAUCAAUGUUAAGCCUGGGUGGAAAGCUGGAACAAAGAUUACAUUCCAAAGGGAGGGCGACCAAGGCAGGAAUAAGAUUCCUGCAGAUAUUGUCUUCAUCAUCAGGGACAAACCUCAUCCACAGUUUAAGCGAGAAGGCAGUGACAUCAAGUAUACAGCCAAGGUUUCAUUGAAACAGGCUCUGUGUGGAUGUACCAUCGAAGUUCCAACAAUGGCUGGAAAGACAUUGAGCCUAAACUACCAGAAUGAGAUCAUCAAACCUAACACAGUAAAGAGGAUACAAGGAUAUGGGUUGCCACUUCCUAAAGAACCAUCUCGUCAUGGAGAUUUGAUAGUUAACUUUGACAUCAAGUUCCCAGAUCAUCUGUCACAAUCAGCAAAGGACAUAAUAUAUGAUACAUUACCAAAUUAGUAGACUUUUGAGAUGCUUCAAGUGUGAAUGUGUUAUGUACGUUUUAGUACAGUAUGUUUGUGUGUUUUGUUUUUGUAAAAUGUUAUUUUAAUUUGCUAUUAUUUAAUGUAAAUAGGAUACAGCUUUAUGUUUAAAGACUUUUGUAAUGUUUCCUAUUGUGAUAUGGACAAGAAAAUGCCUGCUUAUGAUCUUGCAGUUUGGUUAAUUUCAUCUUCAUUUUGUACAUAAGGCUGAUACAGGGUGUUUCUUUGAGGAAUUAAAAAUAUUCAAGGGGGGAAUUUAAUGCGUAUGUCUCCAAAGUACAAGGAUUUCUUAUGUUCUAAAUUGUCUAACAAUUUACCUGUAAUUUUGAUAAAAUUCUGUUAAUAAAUUUGCUAUCUUUAAUUUCUGUUGAUCAGAUUUAAUUUUUGUUAACAAUGGUUGAUUUUUCAUUGAUUAUGUUACUAGUUUUCUGUGAAUUUUGGUCCCUGAUUUUUGCUAUAAAUGAGUACACAAAAGUGCAAGACUUGGUAAAUUUUAAGACUCCUACUUGAGAAAACUAAUCUACUAGUACUUAUACAAAAAAAUCGGUGUACACUGUAUUGCACAUUUUUUUAUAUAAAGAGCAUCUUUAUUGAAUAGAUCUUCGAUAUUUUGAGUUACUAAAAGAUAAUCCUGUGCGAAACCUAUAAAUUUUUUAUACAACAUUGUUUUUGUUUUUAGUAUUAUUCAUCUUUUAAUAAAUUAUUUUUUUACGUUGGUAGGUGUUCUAAAUUUCAAUCUGAAACCUACUUAUUGUUCUACAUAAUUUGAGACCAGUUUCUGAACCUAGUUUACUUUGCUGACUACUAACUGUACUAAAUAAUUUUAUAGAACAAGUUGUAAAUAAAUAGGUGUCAACCUACCUCGA